UGAACUCCGUCCCCCCUCCAACGAUGAAAAAUCCCCGGGACUGGGACCCGGAUCCCAGAGCCGGUUCCGCGGGCAGCGGCGCUGGGCGGGAAAGCAGGCAACACGAGCGCACAAGCAAGCGUUGAUGCCUGCUGAGUGGCGGUACCAGCAGCAGAAGCAAGGAAGGCUUCGCCCCCGGAACCGGCCAUUGUGUUCCUCUCAUCCUGGGGGUUCAGCCGCUGUCAUCAGAGCCGCUGCUGCCCGGCCGAUGGACAAGGACGCGAGCGCUGGUGGUGGUGGGACCUCUGGAACAGCCAGCUGCGUUCCUGCUGCUGUUCCGGCUGCCGGGGCAGGUGGCGCCGUUGCCACGGCGACCAACGGUGCCGCCGCUGCUGCCAAUGGGACGACGGCGGCAGCAGUCGGGGUGGGGGCGGCACGGUCGGCACAGAUCUCGGUGUACGGCGGCCUGACUGACCGGCAGACGGUGCAGGUGAUUCAGCAGGCCCUGCACGGGCAACCGUCGGCAGCUCAGUACCUGCAGAGGAUGUACGCCGCCCAGCAGCAGCACCUCAUGCUGCAGACUGCUGCAUUGCAGCAACAGCAGCAGCAACAACAGCAACAACAGCAGCAGCAUCUGAGCAGCGCUCAGCUACAGAGCCUGGCGGCUGUGCAGCAGUCCUCUGCCAACUGCCCUCUCGACUACUCAACUCCGUGCCUUGCGCUGGCGAGUAUGGCUGCUGGUCGUCAAACAGCCACCAUGAAUGGCCCUAGUGCUGGGCAACAGGGUGGUGGUGGUGGUGGUGGCAGUGGUGGUAACGGUGGUGUCAGUGUCUCCCAGGCUUCCAUUAAUUUGACUCCGAGCUCGGCCAUGAUUGGCCGGACUCAGGGCGUCUCCACGCAGCCCGUGAGCGGCCUUACCCAACAAGCUGUGCUCCUGGGCAACUCGGCCACACCCGGGCAGAUCAACCAGGCUCAGAUGUAUCUACGAGCGCAGAUGCUGAUCCUGACGCCAAGCGGCACCGUCACCACCCUGCAGCCAGAGACGACGGCGUCGCACUCGGCCCCCUCCACCGGCGCAGCGCAGUCAGUGGCUGCUCAGAACCUGGUGUCUCGCUCGGCGGGGCAACCUCUGGGUCUGAGCGGCAUUGCUUCAUCUCAGAGCGUCCCUCUCAAGGCCAGCGGUGGCAACAACAUCAACAGCGGUGGAGGCGGCGGUGUCGGCGCUGGCACUGGUGGCAUGGGUGUGCCCCACCUGCCCGGCACCAACCAGGCUAAGUCUCCCAAAUCGGGUGGGCACACAGAGCUCAUGGGCGACUGUGGCAAGAAAGGAGACUUACAGGCAAACAUCAUGACUCAACAGCAGCAGCAGCAGCAGCACAGCAUGAUGGGAAGCGGGGACGGGCGAGGGGGGACGGCACGCAUGGCGGCAGGCUCGGUGGCUGGGUCAGCGACAGCGGCUGGGUAUCCACUGCUGCCCAUCACUUCAGGAGGACCGCACUGGCUGCUCAACACCAAUGAUCGGGGAACGCUGCAUAUCAACUCGACUACCUAUACGUCAAUGCAGCAGCAACAGCAGCAUCACCUCAUUCAAACACAGCAACAGCAGCAGCACAAGCAGCUGCAACAGCAGCAGCUUCUUCAUGGACAGCAUUUGCAGCACAAACAGCAUCAGCAACAGCAGCAUCAGGCGACCAGUCACGUGUCACAGAGUGCUGCCACUACCACCACCACCACCGCCGCUGCUUCCGCCGUCUGUUCCCAUCAUGCAUUGCUUUCCCAGCAUGCACCGGUACAGGCCGGGCAGGUGGCGAUGGGGGUGGCUGGCACCGUCGGUCAGAGACAGCAGAGUGCUGUGAUGGGGGCCAGCGGAUCCCAUCUGCCCCCAGCGGCACAAGCGUAUGGAGCCACUCAGGUGGUGGGCACGACUUCAUCAUCAUCGUCAUCGGCUUCCGGAGCGAACCACCUUGUCUCCCCGAGCUCCUGCGCGACCCCAUGCGCCCAGCCCCACUCGACGAUGACAGCAACGGCAGUGACAUCAUCAUCAUCUGCUUCGUUGUCCUCCUCCUCGUUCACUUCCUCCUGCUCCUCGGGAGUGGCGACAUCCAGAAACACAGCGCACCCCUCCGGACACUCCUCUACACGCGCCGCCCCUCCCACCUCGUCCACCUCAUCCACAACUCCCGUCGCCGCCACCUCGACGCUGCCGCCCCCACAGACGAUGGCGGUGAACCUGCAGGUGGUGCAGGCGGGGACGGCUGGCUCUGGAGAACCCCAAGGCCCCAAGGCAGGGGAAGUGAACGGGGAGCGGCGGGGUAGCCCCCCUGGUGAGGCGCGCCCAUCACGCCGACCAAACACGCCGUCCCCACCCUCUCUCUCGCCGGCACCGCGGCCUGUGGAUGGACAGCCACACGCAGACAAAGUGGAGCCCAGCACCACCUCUACUCAGACGACCUCUGGAGCCAGCGGCGGGCCUAACGGGGUCACAGGUCAAGGGGUCAGCGGGUCGGAGAUCACGACCCCUGGCUCGACCCCUGGGGGUCACCUGGACGGUGGCGGUGGUGGAGGAGGCGGCGGAGGUGGAGGUGGAGGAGGAGGAGGAGGAGGAGGAGGAGGAGGAGGAGGAGGUGGUGGUGGUGGUGGUGGUGGUGGAGGAGGAGGAGAUGGAAGACCACCUCAGGCCAUUGUCAAACCCCAGAUUCUUACCCACGUCAUCGAGGGAUUUGUCAUCCAAGAAGGCUCGGAGCCAUUCCCCGUUGCACGCAAGACCGUUAUCUCCGACAAGAAUGCCAAGAAGCCGCUCGCCCCUCGCUCAGGAUCGUCAGUGCCAGCGGCCGCUGUCGUUGCUGCUGCUACCAGACAGACACACGCCGUGCACGCACACAUCCGCCACCAACUGCAGCAGCUGCAUAUACAGACGCCCGCUGCCACUGCAGCUGCCGCAGCUGCAGCCGGAACUGAGCAGCAGCAGCAGCGGGGGGGAGAAGGGCGUCGGUCAGAAAACAGUGACUCUGAUGGAGCUGAGGCGGGGAGAGAGCCCCCUCGAACCAUAGUCCACGAUCGUCUGCUGAAGUGUGAGUUUUGUGGGCGCGUGGAUUUCUACAACACCUUCAAGCGCUCCAAACGCUUCUGCUCCAUGGUCUGUGCCAAGCGGUAUAACGUCGGCUGCAGUAAGCGAAUUGGCUUGUUCAAGUCGGACGCCUCUAAGAAGAACAAGGUGGGGCGGCCACGUAAGAACACUCGCAUGGCCGGAGGAGGGACCAGGUCUAAACUCAAGAGGUCGUCGGCCUGUCCCUCGGGCCUGAAGGACCAGGCCUUUGCUGGCAGCGACGAUGCAUCCAGCCCCGAGGAGCCCUUCUGCCCCCCGUCCACCCGCUCGUCGGCGACCACCAGACCAGAAUCAGGCGCCAACGCCGCUAACGCCACCAACGCCAGCAGCGCCAACGGCAGUCGUGACGCAGACUCGAGACGGACGACGGCGGCGGCGCAACUUGCGCCGUCGCAGACGUCAUCGUCGACAACAACGCCACUGGUGCCGGCGCUGCCGCCUCCACUGCCUUCUGCCACGCCGCGGCCGCAGUCUGAGCCCAGCGCCGCCCGGCCCCGCCCGGCCAAACGCCGGCGCCUCCACUCGCACCGGCACGGCGCUUCGGGGGUGCGCGACACGGCGCGGCAACGGCUGGUGCGCAGCGUGCCGGUCACGCGGCGGAACAGCGCCGCCCCUCCCAACACCGCCAGCGGAACCAUCGCUCCACCCGAGGGGGGGGGAGGAGGAGUGGUGGGAGCGAUGGGUGGCAGCCGCGUGAUGGGAGGAGGAGGAUCUGGAGGGGUAGUGUCUGGAGCUGUGGGAGUUGGAGGAGGGAGCCUGGGUUGUCUGCACGGGCAGCACAGGCACCACGGGCAGCAUGGGCAGCACGGGAGGGGAAGGGAAGUGAGGCAGCCGGGAGCUUGGAAUGUGCUCGAGGUGUGGGAGUUCAUCGGGCGGCUGCCGGGCUGCCAGGAGCUGGCGGACGAGUUCCGUCAGCAGGAGAUCGACGGGCAAGCCCUGCUGCUGCUCAAGGAGGAUCACCUCAUGUCGGCCAUGAACCUCAAGCUAGGGCCGGCACUCAAAGUCUGUGCCUGGAUCAAUCGCCUCAAGGAGUGCUGAGUCAACAACAUCUCCCCGUAUCCCAGUCUCUCCCCACUGUCUCUGUCUUCCCAUCUCUCUUGUGUGUCUCAGUUUCUUUGUGUGCCUGGCAAUAUCUUUCUCCAUCCCACCUUUCUACAGUAAUACCCCGGUUUGUCUCCUUUUACGUCGUUUCGUAAAUACAUCGUCACUUGUUAACACCGCUACUGGAUUUGCGUCGCCUCAACCAACAUGGACAGCAUCGUCCGUCCUUUCUCGUAUCCGCUGCCUCGGCGUAUGCCUCCACCUACCCUGUAAAUUGCUUUGAUUUUCAUCGUUUCGAUAUUUGUCAUCACACCUUUCAGGAAAGCAUCCCCGACGUAAACAGGGUCAUUACUGUAUCUCUUUGUUUAUGCCUCUCAAUAUCCUCCAGACUUGUUAUCUCUAUCUCCUCGUCUCUGUAUCUUAAUAUGUGUAUUUAUAUCAUGUCCUUCUGUAUGUCUGUCACCAUCUGUAUCUCAAUCCAUUUCUGUAUUCCUCUGUCAUGUAUUUAGAAUGUGCGUGUAAGUGUGAGUGGGUGUGUGAGUGCACAUGUGUCUUUGUGUCUGUCUCUUCAUCUCUCUAAAUCCCUCUCACUAUCUGCAUUUGUCUGGCGUGUGAUUGUCACACACUCUGCAUCGUUUUGGAAAUCGAACAUGAAUCGAUCUCCAGUCUGAGUGUGAAUCCCACUCUAGUCUGUAUCUAAAUUCCAUGCUAGUAAGUGUCCGAAUUCUACACUAAAAUCUGAAUCCCAUAUCAGUGAUAUAUUACCAUUGUUAUUAUAUUUUUGAACGGUCGUUUAGUUCUAUUCCAGCACCAGCAGUAUGACUUGUCCGAGCUGCUUUGUGAGAGCAUCAAAGUUGCCGGCACCAAACUCGUCCACAAACAGGAACCCGACAAAUCCCUCUUCCUUUCCCAAAAUGCAUCACAACCACCGUUCACCAAAUCAGAAAUCCACGCGGGGGCUAUGCGAAUGGACUGCUGUACCGCUGAGCAAGAAGAUGGAACUGACUUUCAAGACGCAGAGGUUUCUAAAAAAUACGAAGUAAAAAUGACGUUGGAACGUACAAAACAACAACGGCCGCCAUCCAAGAUGGCUGCUCGUAGCACUGACCUUGGUCACGAAAAUGGCGGCUGGGAAAUUUGCCGCGACUGCCGUUUGUUAAUUUUAGCGGCAAACGAGGGUGCUUCUUCAUGACGCUCCGCUCUGUCGUCGUUUGUAGGCGACCAGACAUUUUUUAUUUCAUUAAGGCUUUGCGGAGUGUGGAAUGAACUUAAGGUGCUUUUUUUAAUAAUCUUUGCUGGUGUAAUCAUAAUGAUCCUGAGUAUUACAAUAAUCAUCAGUGCUUUAUUUAUCCAGGAAAGCCUUCACUGAGCCUCAAGACACCUUUUCCACUGGCACAUCUGAGGCAAGUCAUACACAGAUGGUUUUCCACUGGAUAUUUGCCAAUCCAGAACGAAACCGUGCUUCAACUGGCUUCACAAGACAUCUCAAUCUGACUUAGGGCCAACAGGGCCAGGGACGAGGCCAAUAGUUUUUUUAUUAUACGCUGCGUCAGUUCACUACGCGCACCUUGACUCGUUCAUUGCGUGUGACCUUCGUGGCACAGCUGUCGUUCAACCGUAAUGGAAAAAAACAACCCAGUUCUUGAUCCACGUAAGGCUGGCUCAGCACAGCGCCAGCGCGGCUCGAUUGUGCAGUGGAAAAAUAAGUAUUUAUCAGGAGGUUCCAAGUUGGGAUGUUUGGUCAAUUCUUACCUCUUUGCAUUCGUUUUCUUUAUUGUUUGAGUCGUGGGAGGAAACCGGAGUGCUUGGUUACAAAUAACUGAGUGCAACUGGAGAACACUCAAGUGCACAUCGUGCUGUACUGCUCAGCAACCAACUUGCUGUGCUGCUUCCCAAGCUGUGGACUGCCUGUAGACUUGGAUAGGAGUGUGUGUGUGUGCACUGUCAAGUUCGCGUCGUUUUGUCUAUAGAGCAAUGUAGAGCGUUGGCUGUUGUGAUUUGAAAACAAUGGUCUGUAAGGUGUCUCUGAAAACAAAUGUGUAUGUUGUACGCAGUGGUGGCGAGGAGUUAGCAAACCAAGCAACGUGUAGGUCCUUAAGUAGUUCAAGCAGCUCCGAAUUAAUGAGUGAUAGUAUGGAUGCAUCGUGUCGGCGUGUUACCAUACAAUCGCUCUCAUCUCAUCACCUUUACGAAAGAAAAUGGAUGCUUAGCUACGUCUUGACUUAAGCGUGGCUUGGCGUAGGUUAACCAGACGAUCACAGAGCCAGAUAAGGGGGGGGGAGGGCCCAUUGCAUUUUUUGUGCUUUGUGUUAAUUGCCGAGGCUUGUAGAGUCAGACUAAUACAUUGGUAGGUUGCUUAGGGUUCAGUGUUAUUGCCUAAGGCUCGGAGCCAAACGAAUGCGCUCGUAAGAUUUAUAGGUUUUAGUGUUGAUGGCCAAGGCUCGCAGAGCCAGAUGAAGGCAGCAUUAUCAUGCUUGUGGUUCAGUGGUGCUUUCCAAAGCUCAGAGGGUCAGAUCAAGGAUUCAGUCUCAAUGUCUACAAUUGGUUUUGUUUGUCCCUCAAUGAAGCUCUUCUCCAUUCUGACACCAACAAUAAUUUAUGUAUUCUCUGGUCUAUAAGACUUUUUCCCAGUGCUAAUGAAGUAAUGAAGUGAUAUACAUGUGGCCUCGCAUACGCGAUGUACACACUAACAUACUAACGUGCGCUUGCAUAUGUAAGAGAAUCCCCCAGAUUUGUGUAACAGACUCUUGGGGUAAGUACUGUCAGCAAGCACCUAUGAAGGCUGGCAUGGAAUAUGGGGGGGGGGAGGUCGGUGGCCAGCACCACGCCCGGCCGCAUUUGUGACCCCAGUACUGAUGUUUAUACACUGUUUCAGGUACAUUUAAGGCCGAGUCGACUUAGGGGAAAUAUUCACAAAUGUUAUUGGCCGUGAGCAGGAAUCUGACUCGGGUCGCUUGGUUCGUAGCACGGUGCGCUACCUCUCCCCACUAGCACACAGACAUACAGAUGGACACACACACACAGAUGGACACAGACACAGAUGGACACACACCGACUGAACCUACUUUAGCUUUAAAAUACAGUGGGGGGGAGCGGAGUGCAUUUUAUAAUAUGGAGAAUGCGAUAUACGGUAAUCAAAAUUGGAGGGUGUUUAGAAAAUAAAAACAAACCAUUCCCCUUCAUGUGACUAAGCAAAGGUAUCGGGAAUUUGCGAUUUUCCAAAGGGGGGGGGCGGAGGUCUACAUCAUCGCCAGCUGUACUUUGUUGCUCAUGAGGCUCUGUCAAUGAUGGUGAUGGGGACUGCACUGGCAGUCAUAUACAGUAUAUAUACAAGCACAUAUCAAGAAAAAUCCAGCAAUUCGAGGCGGUCGAGUGGUCCAGGGGUCAGAGAAUACUGAGCCAGUGAUGCUGAGGAUACUGGGUCUGAAUCCAGGCUUUAGGCGCCCAUGAUUAAACUGGCUUCUUGAGCGUAGCGAGUUGAUGGUCCCAGCCCGGUAACCGAUGACUGCACAAAACAAACACGUGUUGAGUUUGUUACUUAAUGCUGCUUCUGGUGAAUUCGGUUUGAUUGCCAUGCGACAAGUACAAUUCCAUAGCAGCGCACGUGAGCAAGCGCAGCAUCACUCAGCGUGGAUUAGAGGCAAUUGUCGGGACCUCAGAAAGUAGUUAUUUUUGCGUCAACUUCCACAGGCUGUUCUGGAACAUGGCGGGAGAUGUUGCUUUCUUUAAGAGUCCCGAAUCGAUAUGUCUUCGUAGAAUGACGUGCCAGUCAGUGAGCACAAUUGGAAUAUAAUUGGGGUGAGGGGGAUAUAGUUAAAUGUAAAUAAUUAAAAUCGAUACAUUCCCAAUUUAAAAUGUCGAAAUCUUUUGAAGGCACUGCUUUUGAGAUAUUCAGAAAUCGCAGAGACAACAUCUGAUUCGUCUCCCACCCAAUCACAACAGACUUGCGAAUUGUCUUUAGGCACUUCCUCUGAUAUUGGGCCAUCGCGCUCCAAAUAUUCAGUCAGCCGUUGGGAAGAUGAGAUGGCAACGAGAAACAAGUAGGGGUAUCUAUACAUGGAUCACCCUGUGUGUUUGUAAGCUCUUGUUGACGAUAGUUGAGUUUUUGCAGAUUCAUAUUUAUACGCAUUUUUGUUCUACUCAAUCGUCAGUUGGAUGUUUGUCACCCACCCGCGUGCGCGCGCUGGCACACAGUUGUUUGCUUGCUUCAUGGUUUGUGAUGGGGUUCUGUUGUAAAAAAAAAUACUCGUGAUGAAACGUCCGAAUUAAUCCAAAUACAUUUGGACCCAGAAUCUCCAUUCAAAAUGCUCGCUCACUGGUGUUGUGGCAUCCCACGAUGCCUCACAUGAAUGAGCAGCGCGUGCAGGGCCUCUCAUCAAUCCCCUGCUGGGUGAAGGCAACUGCACACGCCGCGUCGGCCGUGGGACCUGAGGGGCUUUUCCUAGACCAUACUUAACCACCUGCGGUCAUCGCUGCACCGCCGCUAAAAGCUGCGCUUGGCUACGUACGGUGCGAAAGAAGUUCAGGUUACAUACGACGCUGCUCAACAUGCGGGGUCGGUGAAAGGAUGGAGGAACACGACUGGUUCGGGUCCAGUUUGGAUAUCGCUCUCCACUUAUGUUGGCCAUGGCCGUGUCUGGGUUUGUGGUGCAGUGUCGUUGCCGUAUUGCCGCGUGGAAGGAAAGGAGUAACCACAACCCAAAGAGAAUAGGCGGCUCUUAUCUUGUACUUACAUGCACGUGCUGUGUAUAUCUUGGGCUGAGUAGUCCAGUGGUAAACAUUCCAAAUUUCCAUGCCUAUUCCAAUCUAUCCAUAGGGCGACCACUUUGUUGAGUAAUUUGCAUUCAUAUUUAAGCUGUGUAAAAUGACGCACGGUACUGUUCUGCAUUGGAAUUUUUGUCCAUUUGUUUUUAAUAUCCUGAGUUGUAUUACUUCGUGUAGGAGGGGAAAGUCGGAGUAUCCGGAGAUAACUCGAGGGUCCACAUAGACGGGUUCGUGAACCGACUUGUUGUAAUGCCUUCUGCCCAGCUCACAUCCAGGCGGGGUUUGUCAGCGUCACAACACACAGCGCCUGUUUCUGGGUGAAUCGACAAGCUUGCGUGUGAAGCGUUCUCUGUGCACUACCAGGCGUGGUUCGUAAUGCCAGUGACGUUUACAGAAGAUGGAUGGUAUUUGACGACAGCUUUUCAAUUGUCGCCGUGCAGCCAGCGCCACGCGUGGACUUCAGUUUAGCAACACAGCUGAGUCAACAGGGAAACGAAUCACGCCACACGACAUUGUCAGCUGAGCCAAUCGGCUGCUUUCCGCUGUACCUGGGUAUGGUUGUAUAUUUUGUCCGUCCAUCCGUAUGCAAAUUCGUCCGUCCAAUGACACGCGCCAGUGUGUUGUUACAAGAAAAAUUAAUCGCUCGAAAAUUCACCACCAGCUUUACCCAUAGCAGUCCCCGGAUCCUAUAGAGCUUUUGGGGGAAAGAUUGCAACAGAAAUACUUUGAUGAACGGCGUUUUCAUUUCAGAUUAAAGAUGUAGCAUCGCGACUGAUCCACACACGAGCGACCGAAUCUCGCAAGCAAAUCGCUCCCGAACCCACACAUGGUCCAAACUAACUGCAGAGACGACCACGCAACCAGUCGCCCGGGCGUGGACCCGGCUGAACCCGCGCGUGCGUUUGUGUCUCCGUUUGUCCGCGCGUUUCUCUGUACGAUCAAAGCUUCCCCAACGAACCGGAAGGCUCCGUUAUCACGGACUGGUUUGCCCAGCUCGUAUUAAGGUUUUGGGAUGGCAAAGAACGUGGCCAUAACUGCUGUUAGUAGCGUUUUCUAGCAGUAGGCCUGGUGAGGAGCCUUUGUCGACCACACACUGUGACACAUGGGUGCCUACAAGUGAUGUUAAGGUAGUCGACUCGCUGGCAGUGGGUGCUGUAAACACGAGGGGUGGGGGAGUUAGUGGCCUGAUGUGUAUGAGGAGUGAGGAUGCAACGGAGGGCGGCUGUAUCCGUUCCAAGUAUAUAAUUGCUGUCUGUCGGAACACGCACUAAAUGUCAAUGCUUUCGAGCGUUCGUCGUCAUCAGGUUUGCGUGUUCGCUGAGUAGUGGACACGUCCGCUUGAAAAUGCAGAGCAAUCUGGAGAAGAGAAACAUUUCUGGGAGAAAACAGAUUCUGGCCAGGCUGGGCUCCCAGUGCCUUCUUCAAGCGAGUGGUUUGAGAAGCUUGACAAAUAAUUAAUUCGUCCCGGGCGGAAAUAAAGGCUUGGAAUAUCGAUGAUGCUGAUGACGACUGUGGUGAUAGUGAUAAUUGCUGUAGAUCCAAGUGCCCUGCACUUUAAGGGGGGGGGGCAUGUAGAGAAAUAAAUAACUAGGCUUUCAUCACUGCUCUGUGUCAAGUCACAGACAUUCCAAUCAGCCCUGAUUGAUAAAGGACAAGUCAUUUUACCUUCGCUCGUUUCCAACAGAAAUAAGCGGUGGUUUUGUUUUUACUUUAGUUUGGACUGCUGGGUUAGCGUGUGCGUGCCCGUAUGCGUGUUUUACAGAUAUGAAAACAAAAUGUUUCGCGUUUUUAAAAGACUCCAAGUCGUCGGGAGGUUUUUAGAAAGUUUUUUUUCAGGGCAGAUUUGCUUUUACUAAAUCGUUUUUGUAAUAUUGUUGUGAAUUUAACCGGAGGUUUUUUCUUCUUGUUGUAUGUGCUCGUUCGUAAGAGUUCUCUUGUGUUUAAAUUACGAUCGGUUUUCAUGCUUUUUAUUUUUCAAGAAUGCGUGUUUUCACCCCCGACUUCUUGCUGCGUGUUCUCGAUGCUCUGGCGGUUUUUGUGCGGCUUGGUAAUCAUAUGCAAAACAAACAAAACAUUAAAAAGGGAUUAACCCCCCCCCCCCCCCCCGAGUUUGGUUCCAAACAGGGCUCUCGUCCGAAGGGGAAGACGCGCAUGUGUUUUCGGCACCUCGCGGCUUUUCCCAUGAUCUUCGUUGUUCGUGGCUCCUUUUCGCCAGCCACCGCUGUGAGCAGUGUUGUUUUUGUAUCGUCGUUUUGUAUCGAUUUUGUAUAGAAGGCAGCGCGGAUGCAUGUGUUUCAAAAAGUGGUUGUACGCUAGUGUGUGGCAAUUCAUUGAACGUUUGUAACAAUGUUGAGCUCCAAACCGG